AGGUUUUAAUCGAAUGGUUAUCCAAUGUACAAUAAAUAAACAAAUACAGAUGAUUGGAAAUUGCUGCUUUGAUACAUUUUUAAGCCUUUUUUUUACCACGUGACCACAUGAUAUGUAUUUUGAUGUAAUAUGGCGCCUUUAAUUGUCACAGUGUAAUAAAAUUUCUAAAAGGAUGUAAAAUUAUUUUAAAUGUUAAGCUUGAAACUUAACACAGAAUGCCAGUUGAUAUAAAUCGAUUAACGGAAGGUUGGCUAGAAUUGGAAAGUGACCCAGGUUUAUUUACAUUGCUAUUGGAGGAUUUUGGAGUGAAAGGUGUACAAGUAGAAGAAAUAUAUGAUCUACAAAAAUCGUUGGAAGGUCCAGUGUAUGGUUUUAUAUUCCUAUUUCGUUGGAUAGAAGAAAGGAGGUCCAGACGUAAAGUCGUAGAACAAGAUGAAAGUUUUGUGAAAGAUGAAGAAAUUGUUAAUAAUAUAUUUUUUGCACAACAGGUUGUGCCCAACAGUUGUGCAACACAUGCACUACUCUCUGUAUUACUUAAUUGUCCAAAUAUUCAUUUGGGCACAACUUUAUCCAGGUUAAAGAUGCAUACAUCUGGUAUGUGUCCAGAAAAUAAAGGAUGGGCAAUUGGUAACACACCUGAAUUGGCUUGUGCUCAUAAUUCUCACGCAAUGCCACAAGCCAAAAGACGGCAGGAUAAAAAUACUGGAGUCUCGACUGGUAGGUUUACUGGAGAAGCUUUUCAUUUUGUCAGUUAUGUACCAAUUAAUGGUAGAUUAUUUGAACUGGAUGGUUUAAAACCAUACCCUAUGGAUCACGGUCCAUGGAAAGAACACGAAGAGUGGACUGAACAAUUUAGAAGAGUAAUUACCGAUCGUUUGGGAAUGGCAACAGGAGAACAAUUGCAAGAUAUAAGAUUUAAUUUAAUGGCUGUUGUUCCUGAUAGAAGACUUGCUAUUUCACAUAAAUUAACUAUGUUGAAAACUAAUAGACAGAUAGUACUAGAGGCAUUGCAACAACUUGUUAAACUAAGUCAUCAAGAUGGGACAGAGAAAAAUUCGAAUGAUACCGAGAAAUCGGAUAAGUCAUACGAGAAAAAGAACAAACCUGAAGAGGAAAAUGGCUUGUCUAAUAAAUCAGAGAUCGAUGAACCUUCAUCAGCACCAGCUAUUACGGUCGAAAGAAGCAGUGAUUCCACUAUAGAUACCGAAGAACCAGCUUCAAGCAUAACUUCCGGAAAGACUGAAUCAAAUGGUAUGGAGAAAGUGGUAAUGUGUGCAUUGGAUUACGCUACACCUCUCAGAAUCCAAACUUCACCAGCACACAGCUCGUCCAGUACUGAUACAUCUUCCGAGAUUGGAUCCGCAUUUAAUUCUCCAACGCAAGCAUGGGGAUGGAAUUCUGGUCAGAGCAGUCCAACGUCGACGAAAGAUUUCAAAAAGUUUGUCGUAAUUAGAGUAUCCGGGGAUGAAAAGAACGAGGCAGGUUUAAUAGGUCGUUCUCUUGGGAACAUUAAUAUAAAUGGAAAAAGAUUAGUUUCCGACAGCGGGCACUUACAUAAGAAGGUCUGCUUGUCUGGAGAAGUUAGAAUACCUCAUGCCAGAGUAAAGACUAGUAACGGAGACACCGUCACCGAAGAAAAGAAGGUUGAAAAGAUCGAUCCGAAAUUAUGUACGAAAUAUCCGGAGUUGUUCGAACCGCAUACGUUCGCACCCAAAGAUCUUCUAGCAUUGUUGAAGAAUUUAGAACACGAAAUUAGUAUUUGUGAGACCAGCUUGAAAGACGAAAACGAUAAGAGGAACAAGUACAAGAUUGACGAUUGUCGUAGAACACACAACUACGACGAAUUUAUCUGUACUUUCCUUUCGAUGCUUGCUCAACAAGGCAAAUUAGCGGAAUUGGUCCAACAACACUUGACUUUAAAGAAACACACUUCCGUAUCAGUGAAUAGGGUUCAUAGAUCUUCAAAGAAGACCGACACUCGCCCAAACUCAUCACGUAGACGUCGAGGUAGAACUAAGUGUAAAAAACGAAAAUAAUCUUGGUAAUUGAAUCGAAAUGGUAAUAAUGGAGCCGUUAUCCCACCUAUCGAAUCGUCAAUAAAUUGUUGCAACGACACAAUUUCAAAACGACAACAAGCAUGUAAAAAGAUUAUACCAUUGUUGAAGAAAAAUAGAGAUUGUGUUUCACUCUUCGUAAUACUUACGCAGCAUCAAAAGCGCCGAACUAUCAGUACUUCUUUUACUUUCUUACACAGAUAUUCUUUAGAUAAUGGUAGAGAUCGACAGCAGUGUUGAUUAUAAUUCUACUUUUUCCAUUUGGACUUGAAUCUUUGUCACGAUUGGCAGUUGUACUUUAGAACUGCACAAAUUAACUUUAUGAUAUAUUUUUUAUAUUUUUUUUCAUAUUAAUGCGUGAUUUCUACUGUCACACUAUGUUAAUAGAUACUAUGAACCUAUUGCGUACUCUUUGCAGUGUGUAUUAGUAAUCUUUAUCUAUGCAUCUAUUAUGUUUCAUAAGAAAUAUAUGGUUUCUUAGAUACGAACACUGUUCUUUAUUUUCUGUCAUGUAUUAUGUUUUCUUUAAAUCGCUAUUUUAAUAAGAGGAUUAGGGGGCGAUGGCAAAGGAAGUUGUCACAAAUAUUGUCAAAAACAUUGAAAAUAUUUAUUUCGGUAUUCAUAUACAAGUACACUACACGCUGUGGAUAUGUCACUUAGAUCUAAAUACUUAUAUCUCCGUACAGCCGGAGAAAGAAGGAUCAAAAUUCGACUUGGAAUCAUGUUUAAUCGUAGACAACGGCCAACCGAGUCUCUAAGUCGCUUUACCAUACUGUAAACUGCAUAGGAACUGUAUUCGAAACGUCCUCAAAGAAGCUAUUUCAAGAGUGCAAAUAUAUAAGGGGAGACACGAUGGUUCAGAAAUGUUGUGAGUUAGAAGUUCCUUCUCCGGCCGAUGUUCGUUAACGCCUUCGAUAUUCGCGCCAUAGUUUCAUCGGCACGAGUAGCGUGCUUUUUGGCAAAAGAAGAAAAGAAAGAAAGAAAGGUGCAAUUAUGUACAAAUAUCGAUUCAUGGUCGCUGUGUUCGAAGGUAAUGUUUUCUCGUGGGCAAGUAAUCGUGAGAUAAAAGAUUAUUUGGAAUUUGCGAGUAAAAACUUUGCGACGAUCACCACAUACGCACGGUUCGUGUGGCAUUCUCUCUGUGACCACAAACGUGACCACGAAUAAACACAAUCGUUAUUUACAAAGUACACGGAUACCUGAUUUUUUCCAAACACCGACUUCUUUCACUCUCUCUCUCUCUCUCUCUCUUUCUCUCUCUCUCUCUCUCUCUCUCUCUC